UCCAGUGACACAGCGCUGGGAUGAGUGGAAGAGCAGACCAGGACAUGUCUGAGUAGAAACCUGCAUUGUCUUCCAACACGAACAGCAUAAAACCCCCGUGUUGAAGAUGGGACAGUGCGGUAUCACGUCGUCAAAGACGGUUCUGGUCUUUCUGAACCUGAUAUUUUGGGCUGCUGCUGGUAUCCUGUGCUAUGUUGGAGCCUAUGUCUUCAUUACAUAUGAUGACUACGAUCACUUCUUCGAAGAUGUGUACACUUUCAUCCCAGCAGUGACCAUUAUUGCAGUUGGAGCCCUCCUUUUCAUUAUUGGACUCAUUGGAUGCUGCGCUACAGUGCGAGAGAGCUACUGUGGCCUCACGACGUUUGUUGUCAUUCUCCUGCUGGUUUUCGUGACGGAAGUGGCAGUUGUGGUUCUCGGAUAUGUUUACAGAGCAAAGGUUGAAAAUGAAGUUAAUAUUUCUAUCAAGAAAGUGUAUGAUGAAUACAAUGGCACCAACAGCAAUGCCCAGAGCCGUGCCAUCGACUAUAUUCAGAAACAGCUUCAGUGUUGUGGGAUCCACAAUUACUCAGACUGGCAGAACACACACUGGUUUGAAGAAUCCAAAGACAACAGCGUCCCCAUAAGCUGUUGCAAACCUUACACUGGAAGAAGCUGCACAGGGUCCCUCGCUCACCCUGAAGAUCUUUACCAAGAAGGAUGUGAAGCUCUUGUUGUAAAGAAGUUGAAGGAGAUCAUGAUGUACGUCAUCUGGACUGCGCUGACAUUUGCUGCCAUCCAGAUGCUGGGGAUGUUGUGCGCAUGUGUCGUGCUGUGCCGCAGAAGCCGAGAUCCUGCCUACGAGCUGCUCAUCACAGGGGGUACCGUUGCAUAAAGGAGAGCAUAUUUCUCACCAUAAAAACACUUUCAGAGCUAACAUUGGUGAGAGCAUGAAAAUAAUACAUUACCACACUAACCUUAAAACACCAACCACACUAAAGUUAUAUAUUUUACCUGUUUUUCAAAAAAAAAAAGCUAGAGACCAAAUUCUUCAAUGGUCGAUGUAAAUGAGUUGAGGAAACGUUCUGCUGCUCUGAGGAUGACACGAGGAUAAAAGACCUAAUUUCUGGAGUAAAAUGUGGACAGGAUAAUAUCCUCAUAUGUUAGUUUGCACUAUGUGUACGGCUUUGAAUAUUUUGUAUUUAAAUCUGUCCUGAAAGACUGUAUAAUUAUACCCUUUACCUCCACUACUACUACUACUACUACUAUUACUGCAACUGCUACUAUCCUUCUACUACAGCUAGAUUUUGGUUAAAACUUCACCUUUCACCAGCAGUAUUCUGUAAAGACAUAGUGGACAAAACAGCCCAAAGUGACGGCAAGUUGCUGCGUAUGAACUGUGUAACCUAACAGGCUUUUGCUUACCUGGUCUCUCUUUUUAAAAAUCAAGCUUUUUAAUCCCCUUCAGUAUGUGGGAUUUCUCAAGAUAGACUUUGACCUAUAGCUGUUUUGUUUUUUGUUUUUUGUUUUUUUUUUUGUCUUGAAAGUCUACUGAUGAUAGUUUUAGACUUUGAUUUUCUGAUAUGUAGCAAUAGCAGACUCAAGAAUGUAAAUAAAAUGUGGGGAAAGUUUGAAA